GAAAAAAUGACAUUUUUGCCCACGUGAGGAAAGAAAAUAAAUAUUAAUUUAAAAUCAGGAUACGUACUCCAAGAAUUAAGAAGGAUUUGUUAUCUAAAUUCCUAUUAUAUUUAACAAAAUGGCACACAUGCUAAAAGAAUUGUAUGAAAAGUCUAAUGAGUAUACUGCUUUCUACACUGGUGGAGAUAUUCACUGGACAUCAGAUGGAGGCCAAUUUCUUUGUCAAUGCGAAGAUGUAAUUAAAGUUGUUGAUAUAAACACACUCUCUAAUGUUUUAACAAUUGGUGAAGUUAAUGAAGACAAAGAGGAAGCUGAUCAGAUUUACACAUUCCAACUCUCUAACAAUAAUGAGGUUGUAGUGACUGCACAUAAAAGUGGCUUGAUGAAACUUUGGGAUAAAAAUACAGGAGAACAGAAAAAAGUUUGGCGAUCUGGUCACAAAGGAGCAGUGGCACGCCUAGCAUUUGAUUCUACUGAUAGUAAUAUUGCAUCAGCAAGUUCCGACGGUAACAUCAGGUUGUGGGAUCUAAAUCACUAUACAUGUAUUAGUAGUCUUCAUGGUGCUAUGGGAGUGUUCACAAUUGUCAAGUAUCAUCCAGAUGUCUCAAAGCAAUUAAUCUUUGGUGCAGCUGAUGAUACAAAGAUAAGAUCUUGGGACUCAAAAUCUGGGAAAGAACUACAAAUAUACACUGGACAUUUUAGUAAAGUGACAUCUCUACUUUUUACAUCAGAUGGUGAACAUAUGGUCAGCUCUGGUAGAGACAGAGUGCUUAUACUUUGGAAAUUAAAUGAAAGUAAAGCUUUGAAAGUUUUACCUGUCUAUGAAAGUAUUGAAACAGCUAUAUUAUUACCAUCAUCAUUCAGAAUACCUAACUUCAAGAAGAAGUUAGAAAUGGAUGGUAUAUAUGUUGCUUGUGCUGGUGAAAAGGGAGUUGUUAAAGUAUGGAAUAUGCAAAUGAGUCGUUUAAUGUUUGAACAAAACAAUAGUCUUGUAUCACCAGCAUCUGAAGAAGGUGGAUUAGCUAUAACACAUUUACAAUUCAAUGAAGCAAGAAAUAUGCUAUCAGUUGUAACAGUGGAUCAUAAUAUUAUCAUUCAUGAUUUGGAGACAUUUAAUUGUCUAAAGCAAAUGAUUGGUUUUACAGAUGAAAUAUUAGAUAUAAUAUUUUUAGGUAAAGAUGAGACACAUUUUGUUGUUGCUACCAAUAGUCGUGACUUAAAGCAUUAUGAAUUAGAUAAUUUGAAUUGUAAGAUUGUUAAAGGACACACUGAUAUUGUUUUAUCACUUGCAAAUUUCCCAACAAGACCAGAUAUGUUUGUAUCAUCAGGAAAAGAUAAUACAGUUAGAAUUUGGAUUAAUCAAUUGAAUAAUGAAAUACAAUGUUUAGGAGUAGGGUACAGGCAUACUGCAUCUGUGGGGUCCGUAUUUACGGCACAAACGUCAGAUAAGUUUUUCGUAUCUGUAAGUCAAGAUACCUGUUUGAAAAUCUGGGAUGUACCUAAAAAUCAAGAUGUUGUCGACGUAAAGUUAAAUGCGACGCAUACAGAAUUAGCUCAUCAAAUGGAUAUAAAUUGUGUUGCUGUGUCCCCUAACGAUAAAAUGAUUGCCACAGCAUCACAGGAUAAGACAGCGAAACUUUGGUCUGAAGAUUUAACGUUAUUAGGAGUUUUGAAAGGGCAUAGAAGAGGAAUAUGGUGUGUUAGGUUUUCACCAGUUGACCAAGUAGUGUUAACAUCUUCCGCCGACAGUACACUUAAACUUUGGUCUAUAGCUGAUUUGAGUUGUCUUAAAACAUUCGAAGGUCACGAAAGUUCAGUAUUGAAAAUAGAAUUUUUAAGUAAAGGUCAGCAAAUUAUAUCGAGUGGUGCAGACGGUCUUUUAAAACUCUGGAACAUAAAAACUUCUGAAUGUAAAAUGUCGUUGGAUAAUCAUGACGGAAAAGUAUGGUCUAUGACAGUCAAUAGAGAUGAAUCUCUUAUAAUAACAGGAGGCUCUGAUUCCAAAUUAGUCAAACUAAAAGACGUGACCGUAGAACGGCGUGAAAAAAUGGCAAAAGAGAGAGAAGAGUUAAUUUUACAAGAGCAAGAAUUACAAAAUUUAUUGCACGAUAAAAAAUUGGUAAAAGCUUUGAAAUUAGCAUUACGAAUGGAGAGGCCCUUACAUGUCCUUAAAAUUAUAAAUGAAGUUUUAAAACACGGACACAAUAAGCUUUUUGAAACACUAAAAGAAAUAAAUCAUACACAAAAAGAAACACUUUUAAGAUUUGCCGUGGAAUGGAAUACGAAUAACAAAAAUUGUCAUGCAGCUCAAAUAGUAUUUAAUAUAUUAACUCCUGAAAUUAUUUCAGGCAAUCUAAAAGUGGCAAAUUUAGAAAGUUUUAUCGAAGCAUCACUCCCGUACACUGAGCGUCACUUCGAAAGGCUAACAAAUUUAUUACAGGAUUUAAAUUUUAUAACAUACACCGUCAAUUGUAUGCAACCACAUGCAGUUAAACAUUAAAAUUGGAAAAU